UCAGAUCGAACGAGAAUGGUGGGUCCUUUGUACGAUUUCGUGGCGAAUCCAUUCGGCGCCGUGCGGCUGAGCUUCGAGCAGGCGGUGGCAGCAUCACCCGCCGAUGAUCCGGUGGCGGUGUUCGCUGGUAAGGAUUGGGGUGCUCUUGAUCUCUUUCGCGACUUCCUCCUGGAAAAGGGUGGCCUUUCCCAGGUUCCGAUACUUGAUGCUUCAAGUCGCCAAUGGAUUCAACCUAAUUCCCUGGUCCGCUUCAGAGGAAUGGUGCAGGAUAUGCUUGGAAAGGAGCUCUAUAUUGGCGCUUUCCAGGAUGGAUCGAACUGGAGGACAAAUAAAUACUCUGAUGGAGCUUUGUUCCCGAUGCCUGCUGGAUGCCAAUCUGCAUAUGAAUCAAAUCUCUGGGAGCGUCUUCUCUUGCAUUGUGUUCCUGUUCCUGGCCAUAAUUCAUGGGCCACGCAUUCUACACCUCCACAAGUAUUUAGAAAUGUCAUGGACAAUUCUAUGUAUGAGCAUGGUGAAAAACGUCAGAGAGAUGAAGGAAUUGUUGAAAACAAUGAGCAUGGAGGGUCACCUUCCUCUAAGAAACAGAAGGAAGGUGAACACCCUUGUCAGUUAAAUCAUUCAUCACAAAGGUCAUUGGUUCAAGGUGGUUUUUCAGAGCCAAGGAAUGGAGCAGCUCUUUCUUGUGUGAUUAAGAUGUAUGACACUCCUGAGUGUGAUUUAAAGCUGAAUGAUGUCUUUGAGUUCAUAGCCAUUUACACAUUUGAUCCAGAGCUUGUUGCUUACAAGGAAGAUGCUGAUGAUCUUACGGAUGACCUUCUGGAUGAUCCAUUGAUGCAUCUCCCUCCUAGUAAGGUACCACGUCUGCACUGUUUAAUUUGUCGAAAGCUGGCCAUUCAAGAUUUCGUUUCCAGUCCCCUGUCUGUUGAGCUUCCUAAUAUGAUUAAAGGGAUCCGAGGAUCUUUGUUGAGACAUCUUACACAAGUUCUUGGCAAUGAUGGUUUGGCAGCAGAAUGCCUCUUGUUGCAUCUUCUAUCAAGGCUUCGUGCUAGAGUAGAUGCAGUUUCAGUGGGCAAGUUAUCACUAAACCUAACUGGCUUCAACGGAGAAACUGCAUCCAUUUUUGGAAAUCGGAUUACAAGUGCAAUUCAGAGCCUCCUUCCUUUCUCACAAUAUAUUCCACUCACUGUAGAUUAUCUCAACACAGCAACACUUCAACCCAAAAAAAAUAAUCAAACUGGAAGGUUGAUACCUGGAGUCCUGCAGCUAGCUCAAGGUACACACUUGACAAUUGAUGAAAGCCAUUUGCAGCCUGGAAACCUUGAUUCCAAUGGUGUGCACAAUGCAAGGUUGCUUAAGAAGUUAAUUGAACAGUUAUCGGUGGAAUAUGACUUUGAGUUCUACACGUCGGAAAUGACUGCUGAUGUCCAGUUAUUAAUUCUUUCUGAUGGAAAGUCCAACAUCAUGCCUGCUGAUCUAGUGUUACCAUUCUGUCCAAAUGCCGUCAAUUCUAUUGCAAAUCCAAGUCCUGAAGAACUGCAAUCUUGGAGGUGGUACCUAGACACUCUCAGGUCCCUUCCUUACUCUAGCCAGCCUGAUCUUCAUCAGAUGCUGCAGGAUGAACUGGUUGCAGCAAUGCGAGAAGAUCGAAGCUUAGGCUGCCAACAACUUAACAGGUGGCUAACCAUGGCCCGACUAAUCUCAGUCAGUUUCGGGGACGGAGAACUCUCCUUGGAACACUGGCAAAUGUUCAAGGAGAUAGAAAGACUCAGAAAGGAAAGGAUCAAGUAACUCUAAAUAUUGAACUAUGACUUGUGAUCCAUGAAAAUUAUAAAUAUUGUUAUAUUCAAGAUCACAAGGCAAAUUCUUCCAAAGAAUCAAUCAAGUACUAAAUUGUUUGUUUUAGUAGUAACUAAUCA